AUGCCAUUUGCUGGAGAGAUGCCGUCUGCUGCCCUAAGGCCAUCUGCCGCCCUAAGGCCGCCUACGACUGCUGCUGCUGCCGCCGCUGCCCUAAGGACGCCUGCUACUGCUACCCUUACACUGGCUGGUGAUGUCGUGCAGUCCCCCGUCUCCCCUAGUGUGGUUGGUGAGCCUGGUGCUGCGUAUGGGAGCUCUGCGGGGGUUUCAGAUGGUGUUACAGUGCUUCCAGUGCCCUCUGCUACUGAUUGGGGUAUCCAUGGCUUGGGGCCUAUGGCAGUUUCUGUUUGCAAACCUCUGGUUUUCAAGGUGUCUGCUGAUACUAACAUGGAGAUCAUUCACACUUCCUCUGUGUUUGAAGCUCAUGGUCUGAUCUGCAAGUUUUGGGGUUUUUGGCCAAGCCUUCCUCAGCUGCACACUUGGAUUUCCCAAAGCUGGGAACUGAUCAUAAAAGGGCUUCCAGCUGAGUUAGAGAUUGAAUCUUCCUUGGGAUCUUGGGUCCAACCACUCGACUUUGAAGGUAUCCACUUUAGAUGUCGAAAGUGCUUCCAGACUAGACAUGUUGCUGCAGGGUGUGAAACAGAUAAAAAGAAAAAAAGAUCUGCCUCUUGGUGGAAAGGUGCAUCCUCUGAACACUAUUUUGUUAAAAAGAAAAGCUUCUCCCAGGUGGUCACACAAGUUCCUCAGACUGAGGGUACGCCUCUUGUUUCUAGUGUUGCCUUGCCUCAGGAAUGUGUGGAUGCCUGCGGUGGCAUCCCGAGUGAGAAAAAAGAUGGAUCUUAUUCUUCGAUGGAUGACCCUCCCGCAUCUUAGAUUGUUGUUGGAUCUUCUGUUGUCUCUGCCUCUUUGGAUGCUGGCUCUGUUCCUCCUGAUGAUGGGAGGUCCUCUAUUCUGGACCCAUCCUCUUGGCAAAAGGCUGCUGCUAGGGUUGAGGAGGGAUGGAUUACGGUUAAAAGUAAAAAAUAUAAAUUGUCCCAGUCCUCUUUUGAUAUGACCCUUCGAUCCCAUAAGGGUAGGUCAAAUUCUUGAUCCUUCCUGGUUGGGUUAGGGCUGCUGGUUUUUUGCAGCCUGUUGGUUUUUGGUGGGGGUUAAUGUUGUUCACCUUCUUUUGUUUGGCUGGGCCAAAUCUCUUUUGUGUUCUAUUUCUUUGAGUGGUCUUUCAAGUUUAUCUUUCAGUUCGGGUUGCAGGUCCUUCUAAAACCUAUCUUGUAUAGGGUUUCUGGUCCCUUUAAAACUUGUUUUUACUUAAUAAAAAACAAGUU